ACAAAUCAUACCUAUGCAUUUUUUCCCCUUUUUGAACAAGUUUACAUUUUCAUCUCCACUCUCUGUCUUAGGUCGUCCUUUUUUAAAAUCAAUGCUGCUUUGGUUCCCUGUUCUUCAAUUGUUGAAAAACUUGAUCAUAUUGAUUUAAAUGAAAUAGUUUUUUUUUAUUCAUCACACACAAACGUACAUAUAUUAUAUUCGGGUUUCCUUUUUUGACUGUGCUUAUGGGUAGUCAAAUUUAUGAGCAUUAAUCAAUGUUUCAAUUGAAUGAUCUUUUAUGGAGCAUGUUUGGGAAUGGGCAUGGUCUUAUUAAAUCACAAGAUUUUCUUGACACCAAUAUGUUUUAAUCGAUUCUUUCAUCUGAUGGAGUAGAAAUGUUUCAAGUAUACACACCAGUUUUUUCUGAGAUUGCUAAUUUAAUCUGAAUAUAUUAUACUUUGAAGGGUCAUUUUGGAUUUCAAGAAUGGCUAGCUCUGCUUUUCACCAAGCUGUAUGUUCCAAGUUGAUUAAAGGAGGUGGUGGUGCUUGUAAUUGUAGCAAGGGUUUUCAAGAUUUUCCCCCUAGAUCACUUGGAGUCAGACUUCAAAACAUUAACCUAAUGUGCAUAAAACAAACUAACGUUUCUAAUGUGUAUAAAUUAUGUUCUAUUCACACGUCAAAUCAAUUGAGGGCUCUUCCAAUUGUCUUCUCCUUGCACAAGAAUGCUUGCAACUCUCAAACAACAGAGAAUGAGUCUACUUUGAUUUUGAUUAGACAUGGAGAAUCAAUGUGGAAUGAGAAGAACUUGUUCACUGGUUGUGUGGAUGUACCAUUAACGUCAAAAGGAGUAGAAGAAGCGAUUGAAGCUGGGAAGAGAAUUAGUAACUUGCCUUUGGACAUCAUCUACAUGUCGGCACUGAUUCGUUCUCAAAUGACUGCUAUGCUUGCACUAACAGAGCACCGCUGCCUGAAGGUGCCUAUAAUUAUUCAUAAGGAGACUGAACAAGCAAGGAUAUGGAGUCAAAUUUAUAGUGACGGCACCAAGAAGGAAUCUAUUCCUGUUGUUAAGGCAUGGCAACUUAAUGAGCGAAUGUAUGGAGAGCUACAGGGUUUUAAUAAGCAGGAAACAGCUGAAAGAUAUGGGAAGGAGCAGGUUCAUAAAUGGCGUAGAAGUUACAAUGUUCAGCCUCCAAAUGGAGAGAGCUUGGAGAUGUGCUUGGGCAGAGCAGUUUCUUUCUUCAAAGAUAACAUUGAGCCCCAGCUUUUGAGGGGAAGACAUGUGAUGGUUGUAGCUCAUGCAAAUUCACUGAGGUCUAUUAUAAUGUAUCUUGAUAAACUGACUCCUCAGGAGGUUAUCAAUUUAGAACUCUCAACUGGUGUGCCAAUGCUCUACAUAUACAAGGACCAAAACUUCAUCAGGAGAGGAAGUCCCGUUGGAUCUUCAGAGGCUGGUGUUUAUGCAUAUACAGAGAGCUUGGCACUAUAUAGACAAAAAUUAGAGGCAACACCCAAUGAAGAUCCUCAUGCAUAGAUGGCUAGACUUCACUACCCACCUUUGAUACAUUGAAGUAAUUCAAAUAAUAUUGCUUUUGUAAGCGAAGAGAGCGCGCAAUGACUGCGCUACUGCAUUCAAACACUAUUGCAGCUAGCAGAUAAGUUCAUUUUUCUUUUUAUUUUUUUUUUAGUUCAAUAUUUGAUUGUAUCCUAUCAAAUUAUUGUGUAGUAGGAAGUUAUUUCAUCUCAAGUUAAAUGUUUGAUGAUUUCCCUUUUUUUAUUCAUUGACAUUUUAGUGACCAGUCAUUCUAUGGACCUCAUAAGAAAGUACAGUCAAAGUUAGCUCC